AUGCUAGCUGGCGCAGGAUACUCGUGUGACAGCCUCCUAUUUCAGAGCUCGGCCUUUUCCAUAUUGAUUCUGCCAGGGGUGGCGACAGCGCUCACUGUAUUAGUAUUCCCGCAAAUCCGAAGAAGCAAGCAAACGGAGGUGAGGGCCUCCGAAUGGGAAGGCUCUUUGAGAUCUUACUAUUCGAUUCGCCCAUUCGAGUUAGAAGGUCCAGGCGUGCACGCCUGUAUUGGUCAGCAGAUGAGCCGAUUGAUUUCCAUUCGAGUUGUGAACUCAAUAAAGACGCAUUUCAUAUGCUCUACCAUAGGACACGACAACUAUCAAAUUUUGAGGUAG